GCUCUGCCCGAGCACGGCGGCUCCCUCGAGCCGAGGAUCCUCCUGCGCAAGGUGAGCGGCUCUUCUUCGCGGCCGGCUCCUCGCGAUCGCUUUUUGCCGGAGGAGGGCUGCGCAGGGAUGGCCUUCCUCCUCCGGAGCGCGAGCCGGCCGGCUCCGGGCCCUGGAAAUAGCAGCGGCGAGGAGAUGGAGAAGAUGGAUCUGUCACCGUCACCGAUCCGAGGUUGCUUGGAGGACUGAGCUGUUACCUUCUUUGCAGCGUAUCCCUGCACGCGGUGCUCCGCCGUUGACGGUCCAGGUGGCUUCUCAGAUACGGAUUUUCCCAGCUUUGCCGGGCUCGCCCUCUCCUUCUGGGGAACCUUUUCCAGCGCGGCAACCUGCUCCUCUCCGCUUUACUGUAAAUAUUUGUAUCCUGCUAAACGGUGAUUAGAGAAGUCGUUUGAAAAACAAACGUCCUCGUGGUUGUCAUGCCGUUCUCGGCAGAGAUCCUGUGCUGAGGAACCAGAUGGCAGCACUGGAACGGGACUGCAGUGUUUGGUGGUUCAGAUUUCUUGAAGUCGGCUUCGCCGAAUCCGUUGCUGGAGCGAGAUAUCGAGAGGUGCUGGUUGGAGGAGUGAUGCCAGCAGAAAAGCCACUUAGCAUUUUAAAUACGAGUGUCUCUGUGGAGGGGCAGAUUCCUUGGUGGCCCGCAGACCCCCACGCUGCAGCCAGUGGAGAUCCCCUUGGAGUGACCUAUGGCUCUUCCAUAUUCCCCACCAUGGGUGACAUGAAAACUCCAGAUUUUGAUGACCUUCUGGCAGCUUUCGAUAUUCCGGACAUCGACACGAAUGAGGCCAUUCAUUCCAGCCACGAGGAAGCUGACGCUCACAUCAAGCAGGUCCCCGGGGAGCCCGGAGCCCCUGACCACGUCCUCCCCCACACAGACAUCACUGCUGUCAGCGUGAUCGUGAAGAACACUGUCUGCCCUGAGCAGCUCGAUGCCUUGGAUGGACGCAGUAAAGAUGGGCACGUCAUUGGGCCCCGCUUGCUCCAGAAUGGCUUUGGGGCCACUGAGAUGCCCAGGUCCCCCACCUCCAGGUCUGUGGAAGCUGUGGCAUCCUCCAAUGGGGAGUGCUGGGUAAAAGAAAAAGGCCCCAAGCCCCUGGAUAUCUUCUCCCAUUUUAGCCCCGAUCCCAAUGAAGACAACACUGCCAACCUGAUUGACAGACCCCGGGAGUGUAAGCCAAAAGACAAAUCCCUCUCGGUGCCCUCCCUCUCCCCAUCUCCCACCCCAUCACUGGACUGCAAAGAACCCAUGGGAGACAGUGUAGAGAGCCUGCCCCCAGCUUUCCCGCAGCCCUUCGAAACCAGCCAGCCAGGGGGUACAAACAACUCCCCUACUACAGUUCCCUGCAUCAAGAAAGAGGAGUCUGACUCGGAAGAUGUGGGCCGUGAAGCCAGCCCAAAGGGCCUGGCUGCGGCCUUGGGCGGCAGUCCCUUGGAGCACCUGAAAUCGGUCACCGUACGUUACUCUGUGGACGAUUCUCCCAUCGCGUCCUGGCCUGACCCAAACCUUGACAGCAGCACCAGCAACCUUCCUGAAGUGAAACACUCACCCACUAGCCCCCGCGAGCCGUUCUUCAAGCCUUCCUCGCCAGGCAUGCAAAGCCCCAGGCUCCCCACUUCUCCGAAGCAGCUGGACAUCCCCCUUAAAGAAGAGCAGGAAGCUCUGGAGAAGUCAAUGGGAAGUCCGCAGAGUAUGUCCAGUGCUGAGGAAGAGGAGGAGGAGGAGGAAGAUGACAAUAAUGAUUCCCCUUCUUCCAAUUCCUCACGGCCCCUAAAAGUGCGGAUUAAAACCAUCAAGACGUCUUGCGGCAGCAUCACCAGGACGGUGACCAGGGUCUCCUCGGAUUCAGAGCCAGGCUCCACCAAGGGGCCAACUGAGCAGAGCUCUCAAGAGACCUCCCUUGAGGGUGUUGGCUAUGCCGCUGCAGCAGAGAAAGAAGACGGAAUUGGGCUGGAUAUGCCCAAGGAGAAAUUAGAGCUCUCCAGCCCCUUGAAAACCAUCGAGGGGCCAAAAAUCGUCAGCGUUCAACUUGGCAAUGGCACGAAGAUCAAAGGCACCGUCCUGCCAGUCUCCACCAUCCAGAAUGCUAGCAGCGCCAUGCUGAUCGCUGCCAGCGUGGCUCAGCAAAAAUCUGUGGUGCUGCCGACCAAGACGGGUAAAGCCGUGGCCAAGAACAUCAUUAAUCUGGUGCCGCAGACCCUGCCCAAAGCUGACACCAGGACCAACAUCAGCACGGUGACGCAGACCACCACCAUCACCACCACAGCGAACCAAAAAGUCAACGGCACCACAGUGGUGAUGGUGCAGCCACAGAAGCCUUCUCCAACCAUUGCAGGCACGGUCAUUUCCAGGAGCCAGUCCAGCCUUGUGGAGGCUUUCAACAAGAUUCUCAACAGUAAAAACCUCUUGCCGACAUACAAACCCAACCUGAAUCCUCCGGCUGAUGCGAGCCUCACGCUGCCUCCGUUUGGUUACCGCUGCCUGGAGUGUGGGGACUCCUUUGCCCUGGAGAAGAGCUUAGCUCGCCACUACGACCGGCGUAGCAUGCGCAUCGAGGUAACCUGCAACCACUGCACCAAACGCCUCGUCUUCUUCAACAAGUGUAGUUUGCUCCUGCACGCCCGAGAGCACAAGGACAAAGGCCUGGUGAUGCAGUGCUCCCACCUGGUCAUGAGGCCUAUCGCUUUGGAUCAAAUGAUCGGACAGCCGGACAUCACCCCCCUGGUCUCGGUGACCUCCUUCCCCGCUAGCAAGGUGGCCGGCGUGGCUCAGGACGCCUUGGCCGCGGCCAACGGGGCUCAAGACCUCCCCAUCUUGCCUCUGAGCAACAGCUCGGAGCAAACCAACUAUAGCUGCUUCCGGUGCCUGGAGUGCAAAGAGCAAUGCAAAGACAAAGCCGGGCUGGCUGCGCAUUUCCAGCAGGCAGUGACCACGGGAACAACCAGCAGCACGGUUUGUACAACGUGUCCCAUGAUCAUGUCCAACCGCUGCAGCUUCAACGCCCAUCAGCGGAUGCACAAGAACCGGCCUCCCCACGUCUGCCCCGAGUGCGGCGGGAACUUCCUGCUAGCGAACUUCGAGACCCACCUGAAGGAGGCUUGCCUGCACUUCUCCCGGCGAGUAGGCUACAGGUGUCCCAGCUGCGCUGUGGUGUUCGGCGGCGUAAACUCCAUCAAGUCUCACAUCCAGACCUCCCACUGCGAGGUGUUUCACAAGUGCCCCAUCUGCCCCAUGGCAUUCAAGUCAGCCCCCAGUGCCCACGCGCACGUCUACACGCAGCACCCUGGCUUCAGCAACCAGCAAUCCAAGAUGAUUUACAAGUGUGCCAUGUGUGACACAGUGUUCACCCACAAGCCCCUGCUCUCCUCCCACUUCGACCAGCAUCUGCUCAACCAGCGGGUCAGCGUCUUCAAGUGUCCGGACUGCCCACUGCUCUUUGCUCAGAAACGCACCAUGCUGGAGCACCUCAAGAACACUCAUCAGCCCCAGAAGCCCAAGGAAGAUCUGGCAAAGAAAGCAGCUGUCCUGCUCACUCCGAAGCAGGAGCCUGUUGAAACCCCUGUGUCCAAGAUUUCGGAAGAGUCGUCAUCCUCCACGGAGGAGGACGAGCCCCCCAGCUCCCCGGAGCUGCGCAAGACGAAGCGAAGCCGCUUCCAGCGCAAGACGGACACCGUGAGCAAGUCCAAGGGCAGCGGGUGGACGUGCGGCGUUUGCCACUCCUGGUUCCCGGAGCGCGAUGAAUACGUCUCUCACAUGAAGAAGGAUCACGGCAAGUCGGUGAAGAAGUUCCCGUGCCGCCUGUGCGAGCGUUCGUUCUGCUCUGCACCAAGCCUCCGAAGACACGUGCGAGUGAACCACGAAGGGAUCAAGCGUGUUUAUCCCUGCCGGUACUGCACAGAAGGCAAACGGACCUUCAGCAGCCGGCUUAUCCUGGAGAAACACAUCCAGGUGCGACACGGGAUCAAGGUGACCGACCAGACGAAGAGCCAGGAGGUUGUUAUCGCCCGGAUAGGGACUGGCACCACACAGGUGUCCAGCCGGAAGCGGAAGCUGUCCUCCGACGAGGGUGACUCCUGCAGUGAGGAGCCCGACAGCACCACCCCUCCCUCCAAAAACCCCAAGGGCGACCGCAAGGCCCCGUUCCGAUGCCGCAAGUGCGGCUACCUCGCCAGCAGCUCGGCCGACUUCCAGGAACACAUCCCCCAGCACCGGACUGACGAGAGCUCCCACCAGUGCCGGGAGUGCGGGCUCUGCUUCACCUCCCAGGUCUCCCUCAACCGCCACCGCUUCAUCACCCACAAGAAGAAGAAGGGAGCGGGCGAGACGGAGGAGCCGGGGCCCCGGAGCCCCCUCGAAGGAGGCGCCCAGCACACGGCUGACGGCAAGCUUUCCUGCAAGGUGUGCGGCCGGUGCUUCGACAGUCAGCUCAACCUCAAAACGCACUUCCGCACCCACGGCAUGGCCUUCAUCCGCGCCAGGCAGAACGCGAGCCCCGAGAACUAGAGCCCCGGCAGAAGGGGGAACGAGACGUGUAUAUAAUCAGCACAGAGCUCUUUGCAGCCGAGGCUGCCGGCGCCCGCCUGGGCUCCCCCUUCCUCCCUGCCUCCUCCUGGGCUACGUUUUGAGAUGGGGCCACGUAAAGUAGCCGUGAAGAGAGAGAUGAGAGCCUGGCUUAUGCCACCUGGUCUGACUCCGCGUGCCCGGCUCACUGGAUCUGCUUGGCUGGCACCUCUGCUAAACCCGGUGCUCAGGCCGCCCUGUUCUGCGAGCACGAGCAGGGCGAACGUGAGAUUUUGGCUGCCUUAUCGUACAGCAGACAGAGCCCAGACUUGCUGCCCUGCCCUCGGGGAGACGAAACACGGAGGCAGACGCUUUGUCCACUGCCCUGCCGUCACGCGGGGACUCGGCCUGCCCCGCAGCCGCUCGCGUCUUGCCGGCAGGGAAGGAGACCUCUCACCGGGGCACGAGGACGGGAGAAGGAAACCUCCCAGCCCUGGGCCGCUCUUUGUAACCGCAAGUCACGGGCUCUUCCAGUCCUGGCUCCUGCGUCGGCCGGACUUCGCGCUGCUGCUUGGCAGGUCGCUUCCCGAGUCCGCUCUUUCUCCGGGAGCGUCUCCCGUGUCCUGGGAAUCGGCCCCGACUGCGUUUCACUCUGCUGGGAAUCCUGCCGAGGCGGUGGCGGCCGCCGGGCUUUGCAGCUCCUUUCCCGGAGCUCUCGAGCAGGGCAGGGCCUGGGGGCGCCGCGGGAAGAGACGUCUCCAUCCCAGGACUGAGACUUCUGUGCUGACAGUAGCGUCGCAGCAAGAUCCACCGCCGUUUUUGUUUCAAUUUUGUUUUGGUUUCUUCUUUCUUUACCUUUUUACUGUUGCUUAGUUUGUAUGUUGCUGGGAGCUGCGGCGAGAAAACUCACGGUUAGUCCCUGGCUUUGCGGCGAGAGGGAGAGAGACGCGCCGCCCUCGCGGCCCAGCUCCCGCGGACGGCCGGACGCGCGAGGCCGCUCUCCCUGCCGCCUGCGCUGACCUGAGACAGCCCUGGCGCCGGCCCGGGCCUCGCUUGGCGCCCGGGGAGGCCGGCGCCAGCCCCGCGCACGGCGCCGGGCUCGGUCGGCGCCGGGCGAACGGAAGAAGCCGGCGACGAGAUCGCUGCGAGCGCGGCCGCCUCCGGCAGAGCUGCGACGAGUCGCGGACCGAACCGCUGACGGCGAGAUCUCGGGCGGCUUUUCCAGAGGGCGAAACGGCGUCAGCCGCCGCCGCCGCCGCUUCCUCCCCGCUCGCGGGGGUGGCGGGGGCUUCGCCUGCGGAAGGACUCGGCCUCAUUCGCUGCUCCUCUUCCUCGGGCCGGCCCCGAUGGCACCCGCGGGCUCCGGCCUCGCCGUGGCCUCCGUGCACGCGCGCGUGCAAGAGCGUGCCCGGCCCGCAGCGGGGCUCUCGCUGCCGGUUCCCCCACCACCAGGGUUGGGAAAGGAGGAAAAAAAAAAAAAGAAAAAAACAGAAAAACAGCCAGAAAAGAAACUUUCUACUCGUUUUGUUUGUUUAGCGCCUGUGCUUGGGGUAGGGUGUUUGUGUGAGUAAUUAUUUCAGUAACUUAACUUUGGGCUCCUGAUCUCCUUGUGAAUAACCUCUAACACGCUGUGUAAAGUUGUAACAUACACUAAAGGUGACAAAAAAGAAGAAAAAAAAAAAAAAAGAAAAAAAAAACCUACUGUUGUGAUUUGGGUUUUGUUUUUUAAUUUUUUCCCUCCCCCACACACACUUUCUUUCCCCUUAGGGCUGGGGCGACGGUUCGCUGCAUCGCGCUUGUUUUUCGUGGUG